UCCUGCACACGGCACGCAACUGGCGGUCUUACGUCAAUAUAAACAUUGCACACGUGGGCUCCGACGCAGAAGCUCAGCAAGCAGUACAUUCAUAUCGUGUGAUCGUGCUCAACUCCAUUGAAUUCGACUCAAGAUGCCUGAUCCCUGCUGCAUUGAUAAAUGCGAGUGCGCCGAGGGAGGCUGCAAGAAAGGAUGCGUGUGCAAGAGCUGUCGCUGUGAACCCUGUGAGAAAUGCACAACGGGGUGUUCUUGUCCCUCGAAGGAGGACUGUGCCAAGACUUUCCAACCAUGCAAGUGUUGUCCAUAGGCUAAGCGCCUCAUGACUGCCAGCAUGACGGUCUCUCCCGUGCGGCGGAGCGAGCAGGAGAGGGAGAAGACUGAAGAUUGGGACCAGUCGUGUGAUUUAUAGGUUAUGAAAAAAUU